AUGUCUGAAAUAGAGCAGCUAACAAAAUAAAAAGAAGAAAUUGAAGCCAGUUAGACAACUCUAAAAAUUUGGUGUUCUUUAAAAAAGAAUUUAUCAUCAAAAUUUAAGAAUCCUACUGAAGCUUUUAAAGCAUUAAAAAAAGAAGGAAAAGAAACAUUAUCAAUAGAAGAUUUUGCAGAUUAUUCAAAAGGAUUAGAUUUGUAAAUAUUAACCUUAUCUUUUAGAACAAAUGUAUUUAAAGAUACAAGUCUUAAUGAAGAUAACUUCAUCAAAUGUUGGGAACAAUGGGAAUAUUUAGCAAAAUAAAAUGAACAUAAAUUAUAAAUGAUUGAGGAGAAAUUGGAAUUAUUAAAUAUUUUAGAACAAAAAGAUAAAGAUGGAAUUAAACAAUUAGAAGCUUAGAAGAAUAAAAAAAUAUUAAAUAUUAUCCAAAAUUGUGAUAAUUUAGAAUAAUUAUAAGAAAAAUUGGAUACUUUAGUAUAAGGAAGUUAAUAAUAACAAAAAGAGAAAACAGAUGUCAUAUAAAAUGAAUCUGAGUGUUUCAAUAAAAUUUUAUAAAAGAAAUCUGAAAUCAAAGCUUCUGAAUUAUAGAUUAGCAAAUUAUAAUAAAAAUAAAAUCCAGAAGGAUCUGAGGAUAGUUAAGUCUAAAAUAAAAAAAAGAAAGUAAGUUAUUUAGAUGGUUCUACUAAUGCUUUAUAAAAAAGCAAAAUAAAUUUAAAUAUAUCCAGUUCACAAUUAUAAACUAGUAGAUUAUCAGCAGCCAAUUAAAACAAAUAAUCCUUUAUUUAUGAGUCUUAAGUUUAAAUAUCUCCUACCAAAGGAUAAUAGUUUCUUAGGAAUCCACCAGUUACAUAAUAGUAAUAAUUGAAAAAUAGUCCAAAUGAAGAGAGAGAAAGUGAAAGAAGAUCUCACAAAUCUAAUAGAAUGAGAGGAGAUUUAUAAUCAUAUAUUUCAGAUCUAUUUUAAAAUGAAAGAGAAUAAUCAUUAAGAUAAGAACCAAGAUAUGCUAGAGAUUAUGAUAGACCAUCAUAUUCUACUGAUUAAAAAGGAUUGACUGGUUUUCCAAAUUUUAGAAAAUAUUUCAAAAAUUAGUAAUAAAAAAGAGAACCUUAAGAAUUAGAAUCUGAAUCUACUAAUAUUUCCAAACGACUCUAAAAUAUUAGGUAUUCAAUAAAUUUAAUUAAGAUAUAAAUUAGAUGAUUUUUAGAAUCAGAAACUAACUCAAUAUAGAACAAAACCUUAAACACUUUAAGAUUGGAAUCCAGAGAAACCCAUAAGACUUUCUUAACAAAAACCUAAAUAAGGAAGUAGGAAAUCUAGUCCAUAAUACACUCCAGGAAAUACACAUAGAUUAAAUCUUGAUAAGUUAAGAUAAGAGAAACAAUAGAGUUAAGGUUCUGGAUAAUAAUAAAAAGCAGAUCCUAAACAAAAUGAAUCUGAAUCAGGUUUUUUGAGUAUGGAAUAAUUGAAUUAAACCUUAAAAGGAGAAUCAUAGGCUAAUCCUUGAU